UUCUUGCACUCAAUCAAAAGAGAGAGAGAGAGAGAUGACUCGCUCCACGUGAGAAUAAUUCCGCGUCAGUCUCCCCUCCACCUACACUUGCUUUUCUGGACAACCUUCUUUCUCUUCGAGAAGAUCCGUUGAAUGACGCGGGCGCUCCUCUUUCAGCAACAGCAGCUCCCACUCCGCCAGCUCGUCCGUCACCGCGCACCUCUGCGCCACUUUUCUGCCUGUAUGCAGAGCAGCAGCAGUGGCAGCGCGACGGCACUGCGUCGCGCCAAGUACGUCGACAUUGGCGUCAACCUGGCCGACGACAUGUAUGCGGGCAGGUACCACGGCAAGCAGUCGCACGACGCCGAUCUCGCCACCGUCCUCGCCCGCGCACGGGCCGCGGGCGUGGUGGCGCAGAUGGUUACAGCGGGCAGCGUCGACGAGGUGUCGAGUGUGCUCGCCCUGCUCGCAAAGACAAAAGGCGAGGACGCGCUCUACAGCACCGCCGGCGUGCACCCGACCCGGUCUGCCCAGGUCGAGCCGAGCUACCUCGACGACCUCGGCGCGCUCCUCGCAGCCGACGAUGACAAUAACUCAGCGCCUGUCUCGAAAAGAAUCGUCGCAAUCGGCGAGUGCGGACUCGACUAUGACCGGCUGCACUUUUCGGAAAAGGAGCCGCAGCUGGCCCGAUUCGAGGAGCAGCUCGAGCUCGCCGUGCGCUUCCAGAGGCCGCUGUUCCUGCACUGCCGUGCUGCACAGGCCGACUUUGUCCGGGUUCUCCGACCGAGGAUCGACGACAUUGCCAAGGCCUGCCAGCGCCAGGGCGAGGCGCACGACCCGGCGCGCAAGAGGGUUGGCGUCGCGCACUGCUUCACUGGCACCGUCGAAGAGAUGCGCGAGCUCGUCGACCUGGGCCUCUUUGUCGGCCUCACGGGCUGUUCUCUCAGGACAGACGAGGGAAUCGAGGUCGCCAAGGCCAUUCCGCUAGACAGACUCAUGCUCGAGACAGACGCUCCCUGGUGCGACAUGCGACCGACACACGCCUCUUCAGCCCACCUCGAGGCCUACUUUUCCCAGCAUCCAGACGACAAGGAGCUGCUCGCGCUCUACCGCCCCGCCAGCACAAAGAAGGAAAAGUACGCGCCGACAAAGACGAUCAAGGGCCGCAACGAGCCGUGCGCGAUUGGCCUCGUCGCUGCCGUCGUGGCUCAGGUCAAGGGCGUGUCACUCACAGAGGUGGCUGAGCACGCGCGCGAGAAUACCAGGUUCCUAUUUGGUAUUUAGAGAGAGGGAGAGAGAGGGAGAGAGAGGGAGAGCAAAAGAGAUUCAAGACGGUUCUUUACGGCAAGCACGCAGCAAAUGUAGAGUAUCAUCCAUCAAAUCAUCCAUUGUACUGUGUCUGUCUGUCUCAUCAAGGCCCC